GAUUACCAGGCACGGGACACGUGAAGGGUGCCAUGCGCAAUCGCCUCGUACAGACUCGUCGAUGCCUGAAGGCUGCCGUGCGUCCGGCCAAAGCAGCGAGAGCAGAUGGACCCAAGGCUCACGUCGUGUCCAAGGAGGCGAAGAAACUCUCGGCCGACGAGGCGUCCAAAAAUGCCUUGAUGCUCCGUUUCAGCAACGAAAACUCGUACUUGAAUUGGGCUCGUAACGGUGUCAUGUCAUCGGGUGUUGGCGUUGCGAUGUAUGCCCAAGAACACCAUCGUGGCGCGCAACUCAGCGGCGCCGGUUUGCUGUUGCUCGGGUUUGGCUACAUCGGCGUGGGGAGCUUCAAGUACAUGUUUUACAUUUUGCGCUUUCGUCAAGUCAUGGGCACUUCAUGGCCCAGUGUUGUGGCGUCCUGUUCUCAUGCAGCCGUGGCGUUGGGCAUUUGGUUAACCGCCACAGCCUCGUUCUUGGAAAGCAUUCCCCUAGAGAUGGACGUACUGCUGCUCGAGGAGCCCUUCAUCCAAUUCUUACCAAGUCGCAUCGCGCAAGGCUUGAUCCAAACGUACAAUUUGCAGCAAGACGAGCCAGAUCCGAGACAAGCCUAAGCGUGUGCGAGCAACUCGCAAAUAGAACUCAGCAACGUUUUGUUUCAUGUGAUGGCCAAG